CGGCAGAGACUGGAGCAUUCAAGGACAGUGAGGGGAAGCAGUGAUCCAGAGCCCACUGCACCAUGAGCAUUGCUGCACUCAGCCCCACCAGCUUCCCAGGCAGCAUCUCUGGGCUCCUCCAAGUGGCCUCCCUGCUUGGCCUCCUGCUGCUGCUGCUCAAGGCAGUCCAGCUCUACCUGCACAGACAGUGGCUGCUCAAAGCUCUCCAGCAGUUCCCGUGUCCACCCUCACACUGGUUCUUCGGGCACAAACAUGAGUUCCAAAUAGACCAAGAGCUGGAAAAACUGGUAAAAUGGGCAAAAGAAUUCCCAAGUGCCUGUCCUCGCUGGCUCUGGGGGACCAAGGUUGUCAUUGUGCUCUAUGAUCCUGACUACAUGAAGGUGAUCCUGGGGAGAUCAGACCCCAAAGCUCAUAGUACUUACAGAUUACUGUCUCCUUGGAUUGGCUAUGGUUUGCUCCUGUUGAAUGGGCAAACAUGGUUCCAGCACCGGCGGACAUUAACCCCAGCCUUCCACUAUGACAUCCUGAAGCCCUAUGUGGCCGUCAUGGUCAACUCUGUCCGAGUGAUGUUGGACAAAUGGGAGCAGCUCAUCAGUCAGGACUCCCCUCUGGAGAUCUUUCAGUCUGUUUCCUUGAUGACGCUGGACUCCAUCAUGAAGUGUGCCUUCAGCCACCAAAGUGGUACCCAGUUUGACAAGAAUUCUCACUCCUAUAUCCAAGCAAUUGGAGACCUAAACAGUCUGACUUUUACCCGUGUGAGGAACAUCUUUCACCAGAAUGACACCAUCUACAGUUUGUCUUCAAAUGGCCGAUUGUUUAAACAAGCUUGCAAGCUUGCCCAUGAGCACACAGACCAAGUGAUCAAGCAGAGGAAGUCUCAGCUCCAGGAUGAGAAUGAACUAGAGAAGAUCAAGAGGAAGAGGCACUUGGAUUUCCUGGACAUCCUCCUUUUUGCCAGAAUGGCGGAUGGGAAAAGCUUAUCUAACAAGGACCUGCGUGCUGAGGUGGACACCUUCAUGUUUGAGGGCCAUGAUACCACAGCCAGUGGCAUCUCUUGGACCCUCUAUGCCCUAGCUGCACACCCCGAGCAUCAACAGAAGUGCAGGGAGGAGGUCCAGAGCCUCCUGGGAGAUGGAUCCUCCAUCACUUGGGAACAGCUGGACCAGAUGCCAUAUACCACCAUGUGCAUCAAAGAAGCCUUGAGGCUCUAUCCACCUGUACCAAAUGUGAGCAGAGAUCUUAGCAAACCUGUCACCUUCCCUGAUGGACGCUCCUUACCUAAAGGUAUCACAGUCUCACUCUCUAUUUAUACCCUUCACCACAACCCGAAGGUGUGGCCAAAUCCAGAGGUCUAUGACCCUUCUCGGUUUGCACCAGAUGCUACUCGACACAGCCAUGCAUUCCUGCCCUUCUCAGGAGGAUCAAGGAAUUGCAUUGGGAAACAAUUUGCCAUGAAUGAGCUGAAGGUGGCUGUGGCUCUGACUCUGCUCCGCUUUGAGCUGUUGCCAGAUCCCAUGAGGAUCCCACAACCUGUGGCACGACUUGUGCUGAAGUCCAAGAAUGGGAUCUACCUGCGUCUCAGGAAGCUGAAGUAAUCCUGGUGGGGACAAGGACAGUGCUGAGAGUCUCCUGCCUGACAUCCCAUUUCCCUGUGCCUGUUCCAGUACAUUCCUCCACAUCCUUCUUUCUAGCCUUCCAUCCUCCUACCUGCCUGUUCUGUGCUGCCUUUCUUCCUGGAUGUCUGCUCUUAAAUCUGUCUAUCCACCUCCCAUCUGCCUGCAUUUCUGUCCAUCUAACCCCUGAUUAUUUGCCUUCUCUUUAACAGCCUGACCCUCUACAGCUUUUUCCUUUCUGUUACUUGACUGCCUUUGUAGUAGCUUCCAAAUGCUACUAUAAUAAAUUACCAACACACACACACACACACACACACACACACACACACACACACACCCCUUGGUGGCUUUACGUGACAAAAUUCUCCUUUUAGUUCUCAAGAUCAGAAUUAUAACAUGAGUUUCAUUGAGACACAACUAAAGUAACUGCAGGGCUAUAAUACCUCCACACCUGUUCAUGUGCCUUCUCUUUUCCCUUUUCCAUUAUGUAGAACUGAAUUCCUUGGUUUUGAGACUUUUCCUCAAUAUUCAAAUCCUGCAGCAUCUUCAAAUUUCCCUCAUUCUCUUUUCACCACUUAUCUGUUAUAAGGAUAUUUGUGACCACAUUUUACCCACUGUGAUAACACAGGAAAUAUUCACAGUUGUCCUGUGAAUAGUUCUACAUCUUGGGAAGCCAUUAUUCAGCCCCAUCUUGACUUUCACCCAAUCUCUCCAACUAAAUCACUCUUCAUGGUCCUGAAUACCUCUGUCUCCCUCUUCUCUGUAAUAAGUUUUCCAA